UCGAGCUCACCUGUCAUGUGACUGCUAACCCGAAACCUAUUAUUACAUGGAGUAAAAAGGAGUCUACUCUCACGUCGUUGGAAAAAAGGCAAAGUUGUGAAAACUCAGGCGGUGGUUAUUACCUGAAGAGUACAUUCAAGGAGACUGGUAACGUGCUACUGAUUUGUGAUGCUGACAAUCGACACACUGGUUUGUACACUUGCCAUGCACAGAACGAGAAAGGAUAUGACGUAAAGACUGCCUAUGUGAACGUACUAAUUUCACCAAAAAUCAUCCCUGAUUCAAAGAACAAGAUCGUGUACAAAUCUAUUGGGCAGGCUGUUGACAUCGAUUGCAACGCCACAGGCAACCCAUCACCUACAGUUAUGUGGACUAAACUUCUUUCCGACGGCAGGACUGUCGCCUUGCGAGGAAAGCGUAAAGUAUUUUUUGAACUGAAAAUUGCAAAAUUACGUGAAGACGAUUACGGAAACUAUGAAUGUAUAGCAUCUAACUUGAGAGGUACAGAUGAAAUGAUGCUUUCUAUUCUACCUUUAGAUAAGAAAAAAAUCUCCAAAGCCAAAACCACCAAAACCACCACAAUUGUGGCGAGCGGUAUUGGAGGAGCGCUAGGUUUGGUAUUUUUAAUUACACUGUUGGUGUGCUGCUUGGUGAAUCGUCGACACAAAAAGUUACUAUUGGAAUACCAGGCGAUGAAAUAUCUUAGAAGUGGUGAAGAUUACAAGCUUGACCCAAACCGCACUAUUCUUGAGCAGUGUGAAGAAUUGCCUUACGAUGCUGACUGGGAGUUUCCUGUCAARAGACUAAUUCUCCAGGGGGUCAUUGGUUCGGGGGCGUUUGGUCAAGUCAUGAAAGCCGAAGCCGUUGGGAUUUUGUCGUUCAGUGCUGGUGACAAGAAGUCGAUAGCGUUUAAAAGACGAUUGAAAUUGCGUAGGAGAUUAAUGUUCAAGGAGGCAAACGAGAGUGAUUACAAAGACCUCGCGAYAGAGCUGAAAAUAAUGAUACACCUCGGAGAACACAGUAACAUCAUCAACCUUCUUGGCGCAUGUACUCGAAGUGAGCAGCUCAUGGUCAUCAUGGAGUUUGCGCCUCAUGGAAACUUGUUGAACUUUCUGCGAAGUCGCCGUGAGAUCUACGAGGCCACGUGGCGUAAGACGGCUAAUAACCCCGAUGCUGAAUUCACAUUAGCUGAUUUAGUCAUGUACUCGUAUCAGAUCGCUAGGGGAAUGGAUUUCUUGUCCUCAAAAAAGUGCGUCCAUCGUGACUUGGCCGCAAGAAACGUCCUUGUUGGUGAAGAUUACGUCAUGAAGAUCGCUGACUUUGGUCUAGCACGUGAUAUUUACAAAUCCGAUCUGUAUGUCAAAGAGACGACAGGGCUGUUGCCUCUAAAAUGGAUGGCUCCUGAGUCACUUUUUGAUAGAGUUUAUACUCUAAAAACGGACAUCUGGUCAUUUGGUAUUGUGUUAUGGGAGACACAGACGCUGGGAGGCACACCMUACCCUGAUAUCCCAGUAAAGGAGUUGAUGGACUACUUGUCUGGAGGCCAGCGAAUGAGACAGCCAAAGGAUUGUCCACCUGAAAUAUAUGCCAUCAUGAGAGAUUGUUGGCUCCAAGAGCCGAGUGAAAGACCGACCUUCUCUGAACUAGUGCGAAGAAUAGAACGAAUUAUCGAGAAAAAGAUYUCUGGGCAAGAAGCAGGCGAUGCUUACAUCAGUAUUUUCAUGGACGAAGGCGAUGAUCAGAACAUGUAUUUGGAGCCCAAGGAAGCUUUUGAGCACUCAUCAUCGAAUAGUCCAAGGAACGUUGGUCCGCAAACAAUAACAGAGGAAGAAAUCCAAGACUCACCACUACCUCCUGUUCCAUGUAUUUCACUGGAAAACAUUCACGAAUCAGCGGGAACAGACAAUGAUGAUCAACCCAUUCAAAGCCUCUUAAGUCCUGAAGGAUCUUCUAAAAGUACAGACAGAGUUCAUCGAAAUUCACUCGUAAGAUCACUCUCAUUAGGGACUGAUUGCGAUGAAAAACGAGUGAAGGGUGAACUCUAUACAACAGUUGAUAUCAACGUUAUAGAUAUCGACUAUCAAACAGAGAGAGAAACCUUGCUGUAAAAAUACCACUUUCAAUAUUUUGGUUGACUAACCACGGACAAAGGCAGACAAAGGAAACUCKGCGGCUCCGAUAGCCUGCGUGCAGUCGAACCAAAUCUCAGUGUUGUUUUGUUUCGGUGUUUUGUUUAGUUUGUCUGCGAAUUAAAAUAACAGAGGACUAGCCUGCAAACAGCAGAUAAUUAUUGUUUUGUUUCCCCUGAAACUCAGUUCUUUAGUGGAUUAUCAGCCAGCCAGAAUUAUCGAAAGUGGGUUAUUAAUGGAGUUAAUUAAUUUGUCCAGCACAGAAAUUCAAUUGGUGCUAAUCUCAAUUUGUAGAACUCUAGUUUUGAUCUCUCAUCUAUGUGUGCAGUAAAAGACUAUAUAUGGCACAGCUUGGCACAUAGUAAUAUGCAUGCUCUUAUAACAUGGGGUCUGUAUUGAAUUCAGACAUUCAAGCUAAAUAUAUUGUAGAGUCAUGAAAACAAGUACAACAAAAUCUCGCUAGAUAUGUUUUUUUUUGUAUUUUUUUUCCGCGCCGAGUAUGAUUCAGAUGAGCAGAUCAGUGCGGGGUGAUGAGUGCUUUGCCCAUCCACCAUGAUGAUCUGACUAGUGACCUUAGUGCUCAUCGCAAAURAUAGCGCAAUAAAAAAGUAUGAUGAUAAACGUAUAAGAACUGGAUACUGGAAAUUGGAUAAAAUCUUAUGAUGAAAUCAGGUUUAAAUGACUUUGUGUAUGAAAAAAGCAUAAUAAAAAAUAUACUCGAAAUUAA